AUGGCGCCUCUUCAGGGAAGGGUCAUGGGUGUCCAAAGCAUCAAGCCCGUGCUUCGGGCUUAUGGAUUGGCAUAUCUGGCCCUGACUACACCCAAGUUGCUGACAUUGGCAACGACGCUGUUCAAAAAGGAUAUCGACCACCGUCAGAAGCUUAGGCAGCUUGUCCGAAUCCUCCUCAGCAGCUGGGGGCUGGCAAAAUUCCCAACUUCUUGCGCCAUUCUCGUGGGCGGCGCCACGUGGUUGCCGCUCCUGUGCUUUCAGCUCUCUUCAAUCUGUAGCAAAGUGAUUACAGGGAAAGCUAUUCGUUCAUCACAAACAGUGGUUCGCCUACUCCGAUUUUUGUCUGCCUUCAUCUCGGCAUGGGUGGCAUUCCACUUGUUAAACAAGAAGCGUAAUAGCCAUACUACUAUGAAUGGCCACACUACUAUGAAUGGCAAUUCGUCCGCUUCAGAGUUACACAACGGUAAUCAUUUGAAUGGCUCUGCCGGACGAGCGGAACAGAAGCGUCCAGAUCUAGCAGGAAGAACUCUGGAUCUUACUUUGUUUUCUUUUGUCAGGGCAGCGAGCAUCGUCACUUAUUCGGUUUGGAAUAGAUGGACGCAUCGACGGAAGGCCCAAAGGGGGGGCAUCUCUCGUCUGGAAUCUUUUCUUCCUCGAAUUGCCGAUUCUGGUGUCUUUGCCGGAAGUGCAGCCGUGGUCAUGUGGGCGUGGUUUUAUUGUCCUGAAAGACUGCCUCGUUCCUAUGCGAAAUGGAUCGGAGAAGCUGCAAGUGUGGACGAAAGGCUCAUCGAAGCACUGCGGCGAGUAAGGAGGGGCGAGUUUGUGUAUGGAAAGGACACCGGCCAAGCACCAUUGCUCGAAUCCAUGUGCAAGGACUAUGGCUGGCCAACUGUCUGGGGAGACCCAGCUAAAACCACCCCGAUACCCUGCGAAAUGGUACAUAUGGGAUGCGGCACAAGCUGCGAAUGGCACGCCAUAUCUCGCUUUGCGAGGGCCUUCAAAUUCGCUGCCUUGACUUAUUUGCCGCUACAGUUGCUUCUGCGAAUGCGCUCCAAACCGCAUGCAGAAGCCAUCACCCGGGCCGUAAAGGAUGCAAUGCGGUCAUCCUCAUUCUUGGCCCUUUUCAUCAGCCUUUUUUACUACUCCGUCUGUCUUGCUAGGACGAGACUCGGACCCAAGAUUUUCGACCACAAAACCGUAACACCGAUGAUGUGGGACUCUGGCCUCUGUGUUGGCGCAGGGUGUUUCACUUGUGGCUGGAGCAUCCUCCUGGAAAAUACCUCCAAAAGGCAGGAGAUUGCAUUCUUCGUAGCACCAAGAGCUGUGGCGACUCUCCUGCCCCGGCGAUACGAUCGAAAGUAUCUCUCACGAGAACAAGUCACCUUCGCAAUUAGCACGGCAGUUAUCCUCACCUGCGCCCAAGAGCAGCCAGAGUUGAUUCGAGGCGUUUUUGGCCGUGUCUUAUCAUCAGUGAUUGGAUAG